CCGUUUAGCAUGCACAAGCUCGGUUCUCUGCGCACGUCACCCCUGGACAGCUCGAAUCCAGAAGGCCCCCCUGCCAGCCUGCGGCAUGAUCUCCGUUACCGAAUGGCAGAAGAUUGGUGUGGGCAUCACUGGCUUCGGCAUCUUCUUCAUCCUCCUUGGAGUAUUACUGUACUUUGAUUCCGUGCUCCUGGCCUUCGGAAACCUGCUGUUCCUGACCGGCCUCUCCCUCAUCAUUGGCCUGAGGAGGACGUUCUCCUUCUUCUUCCAGAUGCACAAGCUUAAGGGGACCAGCUUCUUCCUGGGGGGCGUGGUCAUUGUCCUCCUGCGCUGGCCUCUCCUGGGCAUGGUUCUAGAAACCUAUGGAUUCCUUAACCUCUUCAAGGGCUUUUUCCCUGUUGCCUUUGGCUUCCUGGGCAAUGCCUUUAACAUCCCCUUUUUGAGUGCGCUGUUCCAGAGGCUUCAAGGCACCAGCUCAAUGGUCUGAACAGCAGAGAUGAGCUCCUUGAACUUGGAUUAUUGGUUGAGGGGGCUGCAAAGGAAAUGGGGCCACCCUCUCAGGCCCGCACCCUGCACUGACUCAUGUACCUGGCACACCCAAGUCCAGAAGGAAGGAUGGCGCUGGGUGACUGACCUCAAAUUCCCAAGUCGAAUCAAGAGGCCAUCAGGAUCGUUGGCGGCAGAGAUCCAGGGCCACACAGAUAUCGGACUGGGGCUGGUACCACAUCCCAUUCUGUAUUUAUGAAGGAAAAUGCAAAGAUUAAAUCCCAAGCUGUGAGUGUG